AUGUCUCACCUCAAGUAUUCCUCUUAUGAAGGCGCUGGCGAGUACCUCACCAAUCUACUCGGCUACAGUCAAGUGGUCCGUGUUGGCGAUCGCAUCGAGAUAAGUGGACAAGGUGGUUGGACAUUCAAGGAUGGCGAAUUCGCAUUCCCAGAGUCCCAGCUCGAACAAAUUGACCAGGCAUUCCACAACGUGGAGACAGCCCUCAAGGCGGGGGGUGGAAAAGGCUGGGAGCAGGUCUACCGCGUCAAUUCGUAUCAUACAGAAAUCUCACCCGAAGUUGGUCAAAGAAUGGCCGAAAACUACAAGAAGUGGAUGCCAAACCACAAAGUCAUUUGGACUCAACUUGGUGUCGCGCAAUUGGGAGCACCUGAAAUGAAGGUAGAGAUUGAGGUGGUCGCAAUUGACUCGAGCGCAACCAAAGCUUAG